GCUGCCUGUGUGUGAUCAAGCUGGGCUCCGUGGUCCCCUCUGGCAAAUGGUGCCUCCGAGGUUGUGAGGAUUCGAUGCGGCGAGGCCCCCUGAUGCAGACACGGGUGGUGAACCGUUCUGUCCUCUCCACGCUCACCUUCCUGAACGCCUGAGGCCUCCCCCUGCUGGCGCCUGCAGAUCUCUGCCCAAGGGUUUUCCUCUGGUCACAGGAGCAAUGGCACUCGUGCAGGGCACGCAGCCAAGGGGUUAGCACCGCCACCAACCAAAGGCAGGGGCCCAAGCACACACAUUCGGGUGGUACCACUCAGGUGGACUCUACGCAGCCUUCCGGAGCACCCAGCAGGAUUGAAGCCUCCCGGUUACUCACGAGGGCAACCUGCUUCUUCCUUCAGCUCUGUCUUCCCUCCCUUCCUAGUCUCACCUCCUCACCUCCCUGCUGGCGCUUCCCGGGGCCUCCUCCCAGCUAAAUUCACGCCCUCGAAUCCCUGUCUCAGGGUCUUCUUCUGGGAAACCCAAGCCAAGGGAGCGUGUAAAGUGCUCGACAGGAAGAAGGCACUUGGUAAAUGUUAGCCGGCUCGCUAGACUGAAAGCUUCGUGAGGGCAGGAUGUAUCCAUCGCGACAGCAUCUCCCCCAUCCAGGGACAGGUCCUGGCGAAGAAGGCACCCCAUCCAUAUGUGUCGAAUGAAUCCACGAGGACGUGUUUCCUUUUGCCCUCUCUGCUUUGGGACCCUCCUGUUCCCUCUCCCGCUCUCCUUUCUCCGGGUCACGUCUUUUCUUUCCUGGCCCUCCUUUUCUCCUCUUCUCUCCUCCUUUCUCUCUUCAUGGAGAAACGAAGGGAGACAUGUCCCUCUAAUUUUGCCAAAGUCCCACUCUCAGAAUGAGCCCUCCUGUAGCAUUGUGACAUCACUGUGCAUUAGCCAAUGGCUGUCCAUUUGGGCUGCCCCCCCCCCCAGCCUCCGAGGGCCACCACCCCCCAUUGAUAGGAGAAGUCACCUGCUCCGGCACUGGCCCUUAACCCUCAGGGCAGCUGCAGAGUGGAGCAUGGAUCCCUCCUGAUUCCGUUCUUGGCCCGAUGUUCCUCACAGUCAAGCUGCUUCUGGGCCAGCGAUGCAGCCUAAAGGUGUCAGGGCAAGAGAGUGUGGCCAUGCUGAAGAAGCUGGUGUCGGAGCGACUGCAGGUGCCCGAGGAGCAGCAGCACCUGCUCUUCUGAGGCCAGCUUCUGGCCGAUGACAAGCGUCUCUCCGACUGCCGCAUCGGGCCCAACGCCUCCAUCAAUGUCAUCAUGCGGCCCUUGGCAAAGUCCGCUCCCGGGGAGGCCCACCAGCCCCAGCCCCUGUGGCACCAUCUGGGCCUGGUCUUAGCCAAACACUUUGAGCCCCAGGACACCAAGGCGGUGCUGCGGCUGCUGAAGCGGGAGCACCAGGAGCGCCUGCAGAGGAUAAGCCUGGGUGACCUGGAGCGGCUGGCGCAGUGCCUCCUGCUAGAGGAGCCGGUAGUGGCGCCCCCGGGGGAGAAGGAGCCUGAGGCCGAGACCUCGGCGCCCCAAGACAAGGAGGAGGAGGAGGAAGCAGAGGAAGAGGAGGCGAGGAAGGCUGAUCAGUAAACUGGCCCAUCCUACUCAUUUGCAUGUUCAAAUCCACCUGGUCUCAUCCUUCUGUGUUCCCUGGUGACUCCCCACUAGUUCCUGCUGAGGGAGAUGCGUCCACACCCCUUUCUGAAACUUCAGAGCAGCUGGACCCCUCUUUCCUCUCUUGGGUCUGUGGUACCCGCUCUGAGACACAGUAUGAUUCCGCCCCCAUUACCAUCCCUGACAGGGUUCUGAUCACCCCAUGGGUGGCCCUAAAGGGGUGGUCAAAGGCCACCUCCCCCUCCUGGGCUGGACACCCCCUAGGCAACCUGCCAGGCUGCAGAAAACCUCCUGCCCAGAGUCUCCAUGGCUUCUCCUUUGGGGCAGAAAGACAGAUAACGUGAGUUCAUUUUUGUGUGUCCCCAGGCCAUGGCACCUGCCCUCAGGGUGUCUGACAGCCAAGAGAUGAGGAAUGUCACCCCCUGUCCUCUGAGUGAGGCGAUCCUGCUGUCGCUUGUGCUUCCACAGCUCAAGGGGCAGGGCUAGCAGAGGCAGGGAGGCGGGGGGAACACCUACUGGGUGUCAGGCCUGGAUGCUUCGGGAGAUACACAGACCAAGAACAGCAGGAAACUGAGGCUUGGGCAGAAAAGGUGGUUUGCACAGUCACUCACUGUGGUCAGCGUGACAGACCCCUGCCUCACCCCCUGCCCCAAGUCUCACCCAACAGUGGGUGUCCCUGAGUCCCCCUUAUCUGCCCAGCACUCCCCGGGAGCAAGAAUGGUACCAGUCGACAUCCUUGCCCCCACAGAGCAUGCAGCCUGGACAGAGAGGGCAGAAAUGUGACAAAUAAAGCUGCGACAUGACCAUA